AUGAAACGAAAGGUGGACAAAUACGAGCCACUUUUGGAUGCUGAAUGUGGCGAAGUUCACGAAGAUGCCGAGUUAGCAGCAAGUGCCGAUCGGCCAUAUGAGGUAUGGCUCGACAUGGAAGGGCCAAAUAUAGAAUCGGCGGAUGAUGGUGCCCACAUCUUUCGAUCAUUUUUGGAACAGCAACCUAGCAAGUUACAUCGUCGUGCUAUCUCUUAUGUGAUCAGUACUGUUGGUCUGUUGAUAACAAAAAUUGGCAUGGAGUCAUUUCCAAGUGUCUCCGAGCGUGCCAUUGGUCAACUGGCUGCACUUGUUGAGCAAGACUCGUCUCCAAUCACAGCCGCUCAACUCACACAGAUUGCCUCCCUGUUUAUCUAUGCAGUCCAUUGUAAUGGGAUUGUUGGCGAUGCUGAUGUAUGUAGUGUGCAGCAGCAACAGGCUGUACGAGCUCUUGUUAGUGUUUUUGGUGCCUAUCUACGUCCAAUCGUAAUACGAGUGGAUGAAAUUCGCUCGUGGAUUCAGGGGACUUCUGCAGUGCCAUCUGUGGUCGCGCGAGUAUUGCCAGCCAUCUGCGUGUUAUGCGAAUGGUUCUCCUGUCCUCUAGCGUCAGCAAUAUAUCGAACUAUGCCAUCAGUGGAAGCUUUGCCAUUAUCAAUUGUUGAUAUUGAUACUUGGCAUUUUCUGGCUAAAAUAUCAAAUGAGCUGAUGCAUUGGCAGGAUAGUGGCAUGCUAGCGAAAAUUGAGAAUAGCGGAGGUGAGGAGUAG